AGUGGCCCCUUAACUGGGCAGUACCUUGGGCUGGGCAUCCAGCCACCUGCUUUCCCUAGGUUCCCAAGCUAUCUGGUAGCCAUCCAGGAAAUCGUUUUUUCUACUUAAGGGCACCACAAACAGUUGCAGGUUUUGCCGGACACAGUCACUCUUUAGAAUUGUGGGAAAGCUACUAGCAGCCUAAGGAUUUGGCAAGGCCAGUGUAUGGGCUCUGCGGUUUUCUGUGUAGUGACGAGGCAGCCGUCCGAAGCUCCAGGAGAGCCGAGACCACACCUGGCGUGAUCACUGGUACACCCAGCCCCGGCCCAGGGCCCCAGCAAACAUGUCCAGUAAACUCUUACUUCAUUUGGACGUGAAUAAAUAAAACAGUAGCCCCACUUGUAGGCCUCCUCAGUUUCUACUUUAGAUGUUUGGAUCUUGACUGCUUUUAGUGUAGAUUUUCCUGAAGAAGAAAGAAAACUCAAAAAUAGGGACACUAAGUUUUUAAGAUGACUAGGAGGCUGUUUCUUCUUUAGCAGAAAUGAGGAAGUUGGAAGGAAGGAAAGGGCUCAGGUUCCUGCUGUGGUGAAUAGAACCUGUUAAAUGCUGUGGCUUGUACACUUUGUAACUACAAGUUAAACAGGUUGUGUAACUCACUAAAUAGCUUUGUGUUUGCUUGACAAGUACAACAGUCCCUCCUACUGAACUUUGAUUCAGCAAAAACAAGUGUUAGCUCCUCCCAACCUCGGGUGUUCCCGGCACAUCUGCACCAAGAAUGUUCUCCAGCUCUUUUUGUAAUGCUUUUGCAAGUGUGAUUAAGCUUUCAACAUGAUUCGAGAACUUCGUAUUGUCUUGCUUUUGUCAAUUGUGACUCUGGGAGAAGCCAGGAAACCGUUUCUCAGUUUUCUGAAUAUAGAAAACCCUGAAAUAGCACUUUUCACAAAGACGGAGGACACCGUCGUCAUCAGAUCGAGUUACAGAGACCAGCGGCCAAACUCCAGCUACCUGUCUGUGCAGGUCGGCGAUCCUCACAUGCUGCAGGUGGUGAACGUGACCAAGACCUUAGCAGACGUUACCAGUUUCGUCCUACACCUCGUGCCAGAUGAAGAAGGAGAGACAAACUUGACCGUUCGGCUCUGGGCCUCUGAAGAUGUUGGCAUUGCCCGAGGCCCAGGCUUUUGGAUUCGUGAUGACCUGCACGUGCCCCGGAGGGAGUGGGGGCUACCUCUUUGCUCUGCUCCUGGAGGGAGAUAUCACUUUGGCCAUUUUGAUGACUUGCACAUCGACGUUGUUGGCCCUGAUAAUGAUGCCUGCCAAUUCUUACAUGUACAGCCGGAUGUUAGGGCUGUCCGGUACAUUUCAUAUUCCGGUUUCGAAAAUUAUGUCGACACUCCUUUUCAUCCUUGUGCCAAUAUCAGUUGGAAUAGUCAUCAAGCGUAG